CAACAAAUACAAAGUUAUUUACUUCAUUCCUUUAACUUACUACUAUGAAACUAUCUUUGUUAAAUAUUAGAAUCUGGUUGCUUGAGACUUGAGUCUUGAGAUAUCUUGAAAAGAGUUAUUUCUUGGUGGCAAAAACAAGAACAAAAAGGGAGGGAGAUAUGAAGCUAAUAGUAGAAGUAAUAGAUGCUUAUGAUCUUAUGCCAAAAGAUGGUGAAGGAUCAGUAAGUGCAUUUGUUGAAGUUGAUUUUGAAAACCAACUUAGCAAAACUAGAACUGUCCCAAAAAAUCUCAACCCCACUUGGAACCAUAAACUAAUUUUCCAUCUUGACGAUAUCAAAAAUCAUCGAUACAAAUACAUUGAUGUUUCUGUGUAUCAUGAGAGAAGGCCUAUACCAGGGAGAAACUUUCUUGGAAGGGUGAGAAUUCCUUGCUCAAAUAUAGUCAAGAAAGGGGAAGAAGUUUAUCAAAGAUUCCAACUUGAAAAGAAAUGGUUUUCCUCAUUUGUUAAAGGAGAGAUUGGCCUCAAAAUAUAUAUUUCAUCACCAUCUGAUCCAAAUUUAUAUCCUAAAAAAUCUUCUAUCCAGCCAACCCCAAAAUCUUCUAGUCCUUCAAAUAUCCCGUCCAUCGAAAAUCCAGAACAUUUAGAUAAUCCACCACCUUCACUUCCUGCCUCUGAAGAUUCUAGUCUUGAUACUCCUAAAGCUAGUAAAAGUUCAGAAGUACAAAAGACUGAAAACACUGCAAUUUCUGCUGCUGAUCAGUCUUCAAGCUUUGCUGUAGUAGAAAAAACUGGUCAUCUUACUCCAAGUGAGCAGGCCACAGAAUCAGUUGAGCACAUUGAAGAAAGAUCUCAAUUUGUAUUCAAGCAUCAAGCUAUGCAGCAACCAGUCAUAUCAAUAAGGAAGAGACCAGGUUUCCAACCGACAAUGCAGCAUCAAGUAGACCACCCCCGAGCUAUUCAUAGCCAGCCAGGUGUCCAACUGCCAAUGCAGCAUCAAGUAGACCACCCCCGAGCUAUUCAUAGCCAGCCAGGUGUCCAACUGCCAAUGCAGCAUCAAGUAGACCACCCCCGAGCUAUUCAUGGCCAGCCAGGUGUCCAACUGCCAAUGCAGUAUCAAGUAGACCAACCCCGAACUAUGCAUAACCACCCUAAAGAUGACUAUGAGCUGAAGGACACGAAUCCUCAGCUUGGUGAGCAAUGGCCACGUGGUGGAGGUUACGGAGGAAGAGGAUGGAUGAACAGUGAUAGACAUGCAAGCACAUAUGACCUUGUGGAGCAGAUGUUUUAUCUUUAUGUUCGAGUGGUUAAGUCCAAAGAUCUUCAACCAAGUGUCCUCACCGGUAGCUGUGACCCAUAUGUGGAGGUGAAGAUGGGGAAUUACAAAGGAAGGACAAAGCAUUUUGAUAAGAAAAUGAAUCCAGAGUGGAACCAGGUAUUUGCUUUCUCUAAAGAUCGAAUUCAGUCUUCAGUUCUUGAAGUUUAUGUGAAGGAUAAAGAUAUGAUGGGAAGAGAUGAUAAUUUUGGAAGGGUGGUUUUUGACUUGAAUGAGGUCCCAACAAGAGUUCCUCCUGAUAGUCCCCUGGCUCCUCAAUGGUACAGACUGGAGGAUCGACGAGGAGAAAGGAAAGUAACAGGGGAGAUCAUGCUUGCUGUUUGGAUGGGAACACAAGCAGAUGAAGCAUUUUCAGAUGCCUGGCAUGCAGAUGCUGCCUUUGUUCAUGGAGAGGGGGUAAUGAGCGUCAGGUCCAAAGUUUAUGUCUCUCCAAAACUUUGGUACCUGAGAGUAAAUGUUAUUGAAGCUCAAGACAUCAUCCCAAAUGACCAGAGCCGUCUCCCUGAAGUUUUUGUGAAAGCCCAGGUGGGAAAUCAGGUGCUCAAAACCGAUAUAUGCCCUGCUCGAACAGCAAAUCCAAUGUGGAAUGAGGAUUUGGUUUUUGUAGCUGCUGAGCCUUUUGAGGAGCAGCUAGUCCUCAGCAUUGAGGACCGUGUUCACCCAAUGAAAGAUGAGAUUCUUGGAAAGAUAAGUUUCCCACUCAACACAUUCGAGAAGAGGCUUGACCACAGGCCGGUCCAUUCUCGCUGGUUCAACCUUGAGAAGUUUGGUUUUGGUUCCUUGGAAGUUGACAGGAGGAAAGAGCUCAAGUUUUCAAGCAGAGUUCACCUCAGAGUAUGCCUUGAAGGGGGAUAUCACGUGCUGGAUGAGUCAACCAUGUACAUAAGUGAUCAAAGGCCAACAGCACGACAGCUGUGGAAACCACCGGUGGGAAUAUUGGAAGUUGGCAUAUUAGGUGCAGAAGGGCUUCUUCCAAUGAAGAUGAAGGACAGCAGAGGAAGCACAGAUGCCUAUUGUGUGGCUAAAUAUGGUCAGAAAUGGGUAAGGACAAGAACCAUUCUUGACACUUUCAGCCCCAAAUGGAAUGAGCAAUACACUUGGGAAGUUUAUGAUCCAUCCACAGUUAUCACAUUGGGUGUCUUUGAUAACUGUCAUUUGGGAGUUGAGAAGCAAGGGACUGGAGCAGCACGAGACUCACGAAUAGGGAAGGUACGUAUAAGAUUAUCAACGUUAGAAUCUCAUCGAAUUUACACUCAUUCUUAUCCCCUUCUUGUUCUGCACCCAUCAGGGGUUAAGAAAAUGGGGGAACUCCAAUUGGCAGUAAGAUUCACAAGCCUCUCUUUAGCCAACAUGAUACAUACUUAUGGCCACCCUUUGCUUCCCAAAAUGCACUACCUUCAUCCCUUUACUGUCAACCAAGUAGACAACUUGAGGUACCAAGCUAUGAGCAUUGUUGCUGUUAGACUUGCUAGAGCUGAACCACCACUCAGGAAAGAAGUUGUAGAGUACAUGCUAGAUGUGGAUUCCCACAUGUGGAGUAUGAGAAGAAGCAAGGCUAAUUUCUUUAGGAUCAUGUCACUUCUUUCAGGCUUAAUCUCUGUUAAUCGAUGGUUUGGUGAUAUAUGUCACUGGAAAAAUCCAGUCACCUCAGUCUUGGUUCACAUCCUCUUCCUAAUACUGAUCUGGUAUCCGGAGUUGAUUCUUCCAACUUUGUUUCUCUAUAUGUUCCUCAUUGGACUGUGGAACUAUCGGUUCCGGCCAAGGCACCCUCCUCACAUGGACACUAAGCUUUCAUGGGCAGAAACAGCUCACCCUGAUGAGCUUGAUGAAGAAUUCGACACGUUUCCAACGUCUAGACCCCACGACAUUGUUCGAAUGAGGUACGAUAGGCUGAGAAGUGUGGCUGGGAGGAUUCAGACCGUGGUCGGUGACAUAGCAACACAAGGAGAGAGGCUGCAGGGGGUGCUAAGCUGGAGAGAUCCAAGAGCAACAAGCUUGUUUAUCAUGUUCAGUCUUUUUGCUGCAGUUAUGCUUUAUGCGACUCCCUUCAGAGUGGUGGCUUUAGUUGCUGGGUUAUAUAUGUUGAGGCACCCUAGGUUCAGAAGCAAGAUGCCUCCUGUUCCCAGCAACUUCUUCAAGAGAUUACCAGCCAGAACAGAUAGCAUGCUGUGAUGCAAGAGGCUCAAAGUCCAGCUCUACUUUUAUUUUUCCAGUCGGUAUUUCAUAAUAAUCAUUUUCAUGGUUAAUCCUUUUUAUAAGUUGCAGUUUUAU